AAAGUGAAAAUCUCCACUAAAUUGAAACGCUAACAGAGUUAUACGCUCCUGUUUUUUUUUUCCUCUUCCCCUUUCUUCUUCACUGAAACACAAAACAAACACCUUGUGAACAAUUUCACAAAUCCGAUAAAAAUUCAGACCCAUUUCAUCGUAUGUCGUCUAUAUACUCCAUUAGCUGAUUAUUAUGUAAAAGUAACAGUUUACCACUGAAACAGAUGCAAAACCCAUAAAAAAUUAGAAGUAAAAAUGACAGAAGUAGACAAUUUAUUGACAAAAAAGGUAGCAGAUCGUUACCUAAAACGUGAAGUUUUAGGUGAAGGUACUUAUGGUGUUGUCUUCAAGGCCAUUGAUACUAAGAGUGGCCAGACUGUUGCUAUCAAGAAAAUUCGUCUUGGGAAACAGAAAGAAGGGGUGAAUUUUACUGCCCUUAGGGAAAUAAAAUUAUUGAAAGAGCUGAAGGAUCCUCACGUUAUUGAAUUGAUUGAUGCCUUCCCUCACAAAGGAAACUUGCAUCUUGUGUUUGAGUUCAUGGAGACAGAUCUUGAGGCUGUGAUUCGUGAUAGGAAUAUCUUCCUCUCACCUGCGGAUAUAAAAUCUUAUAUCCAGAUGACAUUGAAAGGACUUGCUUUUUGUCACAAGAAAUAUGUCUUGCAUAGAGAUAUGAAACCAAACAAUUUAUUGAUUGGACCUAAUGGGCAGCUUAAACUUGCUGACUUUGGAUUAGCACGUCUAUUUGGUAGCCCUGAUAGAAGAUUCACUCACCAGGUCUUUGCCCGGUGGUACAGAGCACCAGAGUUAUUGUUUGGUGCAAAGCAGUAUGGACCUGGAGUAGAUGUUUGGGCCGCUGCAUGUAUCUUUGCUGAGCUCCUCCUGCGUCGACCAUUUCUGCAGGGAAACAGUGAUAUUACAGAUGCUACCUUAAAUAAGUUAACUUCUAUCAUCCUAACAAUGAUCUACAAGGAGGCCAUACCCUCAUCGACGAAAAAGAAGAUCAAGAUUAGAAUCUGCGGACUUGCAGUUGAUGUGGGUGCUGAACUUUCCCUUUUCAUUAGGUACUUCUCAUCAGGACCUCUACCUACGGAACCAGCUCUGCUUCCAAGACCUCCCCCUAAGCGGGAAUCCGCAAACCCUAGGGUUUCAGAUUUCAAUCCACAUGAUGGUCCUGUAGUAUUGUCUCCACCAAGAAAGUCAAGGAGAGUGAUGCCACAGCGCGAAGGAUUUGAGGCAAAUAUGCGUCCAGAGAAGAUGGAUGACCAUGGAAAUGCCGGUGAGAGGAGUGAACAGGUACCCAUGUCACUGGAUUUCUCAGUCUUUGGGAUGAGACCACCUACUAGACCGACCAUUAACAGCGCUGACAGAUCACAUUUAAAGAGGAAAUUAGAUCUUGAAUUCCAACCCGAAGAGGAAUAACAUAUCUGUCUUGAGUUUUUCGUUAAUCUGGAUGAGGGUUGCUAUAUUGCUAAAAAGGUCAUGUGCACUACUUCCAUAAUUUUGCCAUUUUGGGGAACAAAGGAGAAGAAUCCUUAUCAACAUCGGGUACACUAUUGCAUCAAAUGCCCCAUCUUUUUUUGGGUUUGGGUGAAAGUCGCCAUUCACCAAUAUAACGAAUGAUCUUGCAGAGUAUAUUGAAACAGGUUAAUAAUGUUUGCCUAAUUCAUUCUUUAUCGUCGAGAGGAUGUAAUUGUUAUGCCGGUAUACCAAUUCUAGCAUUUCUUCUAAACUCAAAUUUAAGAUGUUGUUUGUAGAAUGGCAUAAUUGAUAUCUGUCUGUUCGAUAAUAUAUCUAACUUGACAAAUGUGAGUUUGUGACUCAACGUAUUGCUUUUUUGGAGUUGCUGGGUUUUAACUUA